GUACCAGCGGAUGAAACAGUGAUUUGUUACCAACUACCAGAGUUUCCUUUGUAUCAAAGAGGAGCAAAGACAUUGUUAAAAGAUCAGUGAGAGAGAGAGACCAGUACUUUGCGGAUAUCAUAUCAUCUUCAGCGCAUAACCUGUUAUCCCAGAAGCAGCAUGGCUUACAUGUGCUCUCAGCUUAUCUUUAUCAUCUACUUGUGGCAAGCAGUUUCGACCAGGGGUGAGGUCCUUGAUUUGGGAACAGACUUCGUGUACUUCCUGCGAAAUAGCGACAUAAAGUCAACCUUAGCGAUACGGCAGGAAACUCUUCGACAUCAUGGAUUUCUGACGAAAAUGUUUCAAAGACCGACACAGUAUAAAGAUCUCAGUAAUAUGCGAGGUGGACUCAACAUUCCCGAACAUGUUAAGAGUGCAGAGAUUCACUACAGAGUAAUAAAGAAAUUACCAGAUUGCAGUGAAGCACGCUUGGUACAGGCACUUGUAUCUCUUCAUAGGUCUAUUCCUCUACUUUUAAGUGAAGAUAUAGUGAGCAGAGUUGGGAAGAAGUUAACACGAAAGUUAAGGAGAUUUGUUAAGUUCCAGAGUGGCGACAUCAACGGCCACCCCACGUGUGAUGUCGAGUACAGGAUUAUACAUCACCGUAAUAUCUACGCUGCAAUCGACCCCACAUUGCGAGAGUUAACGGAGCUACGAGCAGUUAUUAAGGUCUUGGACCCCUCCAGAAAUGGUGGCCGGGGCCGGAGACGGUUGAACAAGAGGGGUCCUGGUAUGUUGACCACCCCAACACUAGAGCCAACCACUGACGCAUCAGACAUCUCCCUGUCAUGACACUUAUCAUGAAAUUUGUUAAGUACGAUGUUGUGACGUUGCAGUGACGUUGCAGUGACGCUGCAGUGACGAUGAUGUGUGAUGAUCUGAAGAUGACGUGCAUGGCGUGAAGACAUAUGAAGAAUUUUGGAGGAAGAUUUAAAAGGAAAUGUGAGUAUUUCGGAGGAAGAUUUAAGAGGAGGCUUUUAGAAGACAAAGACAGCAUGCUAAUCAAGACGAUCUGAGCAAGGUCGUCAGUUUUUACAUACUGUUCUUCUUGUAUGUUUUUUGGCUUGGUAUCAAUUUUUAUAAAUUUUCAGAUAGUAAAUGUUAAGAGCAUUUCAAGUUUUAUAGCUGCUAGCUUUGCAGCCUUGUUAAUGCUUUCAAAUUACGUUAAUUUGGGUAGCUCAGGUAGUGGGUCGCGUUCUAGCGUACCCCAUUGCCCUCCUUCCCUUCCAACCAUAACCGAAACUUACACAACCUUUACGUUUAUUUGCCGCAUGUUGAAUAAGUGCUCCUUUUCAUAUUUUUUUGCUGUGCCGUAACUUACAAGCUUCUUAUAAGAAUCCGUUGGUACUGCUGGAGCACUUAAAGAAGUUCACAUGUACGUGGGCUAGGACUCCAAAUAUUUCGAACUUUACGCUGUGAUUUAUUACUAAGAUCUUUCUGGAAUAUGUAAUUUAUUUGUACGCUCAAACAGGGUGACGAUGUUGACAAUGUCAAUAAAUUAUUAUUUAUUUGAAUUUGAUAGUGUGAACUUAUUUUAAACAUUAUCGUCGUUUCGCGUUUCAACCUAUUUUCAAGGGACCGAAAGAAUAAUGGAAUUGAGAAUUUGUGAAUUUGAAGGUGGUUAUUCCGUAAAUGACUUCGAUCGUGUAUUAUCAUUUUCUACCAUGUAUAAGUUAUUUGUGAGUUGAUGUUUAACG